AUGGAAUUAGCUACCUUUGUGUAUGGGAGCCCGAGGAGGAUAGAAAGAAUAAAGCUUUGGGAGGAAUUGAUGGUAAUUGCUGAAUCUGUGGUGGGCCCUUGGGUCGUGAUUGGGGACUUUAAUUCUGUCCUAAGACAGUAUGAGAAGGUUGGGGGGCUUGAUGUGUGUUGGAGGAGCAUCCAGGAUAUGCAGAAAUGUCUUGAGAAGUGUAGAGUUUCUGAUAUUGGGUUCAAGGGGCCUAGCUUCACUUGGAGGAGGGGUAAAUUACAAGAGAGGAUUGAUAGAGCUUGUGCCAAUGAAGCAUGGAAUGUGGCUUGGCCUAACAGAGUUAUAGCUCACUUGCCUUUCUUUAGUUAUGAUCACAGGCCCAUCCUUAUUAGCAAUUUCCAGUCUAAUCAGGAGGUUAAGGGGGCUAAACAAUUUAAAUUUCUAAUUGCCUGGCUCACUAAUGCUGAUGUUGGUAAUAUUGUCAAACAAUGUUGGGAAAAGAUUACUGACUGGACAGAGGCAAGGAGUGACUUUGAAGUUGUAGCAUCAAAGUGGCAUCAAGAGGUCUUUAAUGAGGAGAUGAAACAGAAGCACAGGAUUUAUGCCAGAAUUCAGGGACUGGACUUAAAGUUGGAAGCUGGAUUUGACAGAGAGCUUUAA